UGACUUGCAAAGUGUUUGUGCGGUUCUUUUAAAUCUGAAGAUUAGGGUGAGUGGCUUCUGGGGAAGUGUCAUCUUUCCUUUCUCCCCUCACACUCUUGAGAGCUGGACCACUGAAGGUGUACCUCAUGGGUUCAGAUGAGGCCUACAACUUUGUCUUUAAGGUGGUUCUCAUAGGUGAGUCUGGCGUUGGCAAGAGCAACCUGCUCUCCCGCUUCACCAAGAACGAGUUCAACCACGACAGCCGCACCACCAUCGGGGUGGAGUUCAGCACACGCACAAUUCAACUGAAAAGUCUCAUAAUCAAGGCUCAAAUCUGGGACACGGCUGGGCUGGAGCGUUACAGGGCCAUCACCUCUGCUUAUUAUAGAGGAGCUGUCGGAGCACUAUUGGUCUAUGACAUCACCAAGCAUCUGACCUAUGAGAGUGUGGAGCGCUGGCUUAAGGAGCUAUAUGACCAUGCAGACCCUCACAUCGUAGUCAUGCUGGUGGGCAACAAAACUGAUCUGGGGUCAGAGCGAUCAGUGCCCACUGAGGAUGCCAAGGACUUUGCAGAAAAGAAUGGCCUAUUGUUCUUAGAGACAUCAGCCUUGGAGUCCACAAACGUUGAGACUGCAUUCCAAAAUGUCCUUGGAGAGAUUCACAGGAAGGUGAGCAGUAAAGAGGUGACCCGGGGGUCCAUUAGUGCCGUGUCUCUGGCCAGCCCCGUCCCCAGAGCUGCAGGCGACCCUGAAGAGAAGAAGCCCUGCUGUAGGAACCUCUGAUGGGACAAACCACCCCCUCAUGUGGAAUAGAGCACUCCAUCUUCCUCUAGUUAGUGUGCCCAAAGGGUGCAAGCCUGAUUGAAAAGAAUGAUGCUGAUCAAGACCACUCUGAUGUGACAUAGUUACAUGUUGGCAGACAGAAUGAGUUUUCCAUUCCUAAAGAUGAUGGAAUGUGUAUGUACAUGGCUGGGGGUACAUUUUACCCCCAAAGAAUCCAGCAAUCAUUUGAAUAUAAAAAUAUAUCAAACAGCAUUUUUGUGUAAACUUCUAAGAUUCAAUGUUGCUUAGGAUGAUUUUAUUUUUAAAGGUAGUCAACUGAUGUACAGAAUAUUUGCAUUUUUAGUGACUGAGGUUGGACAACAAGUGCCAAAACCAUGUUUUUACACAAAGCUUGAUUAAUUAAAUUUGCUGUCACUGUU